UUCCUUACAGGUGAGUUGCUCUUAUUUUUAAUGUCUUUUGUCAUUGAAUCAUAUCGAUCAUGUGAAAGUUCUUUAGAGUCCUUCUUUCUUCAUAAAUUAAGAUACACUAAUUAAUCUAUUCUUGUGAAAUGAUUCUUCUGAAUAUAAUUUGCUAAAUCAUGUAUGCAAAUUCUCUUAAUUCCAUAGCAGAGAGAAUUGCUGAACCACAAUAUUUUAACACUAUGACAAUUGUUGGAUUGGAGCAAAUUUAAAUUAGGAUUUUUAUUAAAUGAUUCCAACCUCAAUAACUUUAUGUUUGCCAACCUUAUUGCAUGUAUUAUUAGGCUUAAUUUCUCUUCGAUAAUUUAUAGAACCCAGCUUAUAUUUUAGGCUUAUCUCUUCAGUAGUAUUUGUAUAAAACCUUUUCUUUAAUUCUAACAGUGAAUAAAAUGUAAUAUUCUUAAUUUUUAUAUAUUUGAUUUAAUUUUGACCAUGUGAGAAGGCACCUGUCUAAAAUUAACGAGUUGUUAUAAGAAUCUAUUAUCAAGAAUUCUGGGUGCUCUAGGUUUUUAUGACGUGCCUGAUAAUCUAGGUAUUUCAUAAUCUGAAUUUUAAAUAGCCUCACCAUUAAAUCAAUACAUUGUUAUAUUCAGACUCUUCAUGAUAGUAUUUGCUUGUUAAAUUAGAACUUUGAGCUCAGGAAAAUUAUUUUAGGAAAUUUAAAUAAUCAGAAUUUAAAAAAUUGUUAAUCAUGAAUCAGAUUGUAAAGAAUAAGUCAGCUUCGCAUUGAAAUUAAUGAUAAUUUAGGACAACUGAAAAGGUUAUUUUAGCCACUCAAAUUCAAAAGUAUAUCCACAAGACAUAUGGUGAAAAAGUUGCAGCUUCGAUAGUAAGGAAGUGACAGACUCUUGAUGAGGCUAGAAAGGAACUAGCUUCUUUAAAGUACUCAAAUGAUGCACAGAUGCAUAAAGAUCUUCUUAUUUUUUAUUACAAUGGCUUGAAAUAUCUAAACAGUCAGUUCUCUUUUAAGCUCUAUGAUGAGCAUGCAGUUGAUAUAGGCUUUCUGUGGAGAGAUUCACUUUCUGGAAUAGAAUAUAUAUCACAUCAAGGACUUGAUUUAGAAAUGAAUAGUAUUUUGUAUAAUCUGGCCAUAUGAAUCCAUAAUAUGUCCUAUAAUCUUCCUGUGACAAAGGAAUCACUGAAAACCAUGUCUCUAAACUUCCAACAAGCAGCUUGGAUCUUUCAGGAGGUGAAGAACAAUGCUAAAAAUAUCGAUCCUGGCCUCAGAGGGGUUGAUUUUAGACUUGAUAAUUUAAACAGAUUAAUUCUUAUCGAACUUGCCCAUUCCCAGUAUUGAUUCUUUAAAUAAAGCUGAACUAACUGAGUGAAAGCCUAAACUCAUCGCGAGAAUAGCUCGGCAGACCUGGAGAUACUUCCACAAUGCCAAUAUUUUAGUGAAGGGAACUCUUAAGCUUGAAUUGGAGAAAUAUUGUAAUUACCCUUUGAACACAAUUAAAGGAUAUGCACAAAUCUAUGAUGGUAUAUCGAUUAUGUAUACAGCCAAAUAUCUCUUUCCAAAAAUUAAACAAGGGAAAACUAAAUUUUCUGAUGUUUACGGAUAUUGUAUCGAAGCUUCCAGAAUUCUAUCAGGAGUAUCGUUUGAUAAUGACCAAGUAAUGGAUGGAGUUAAUAUCAGAUUGCAAGAAAAUGAGGUUCUCAGAAAAGAAUUAGGUCAGAUGAACGAUCUUAUUUAUCACGAAAUCCCAACUAAGGCAGACAAACUACCACCAAUUGAGCUAAAAUAAUUAUGCAGUUUUGAGAAGCUUGGAGGAUGAAUUAAAUAAAGAAUUCAUAGGAGCUUGGAUCUCUUCUGAGAAGAUAAAGUCUCAAAAUGGAAAAGAUUAUAAUUAUGAUAAAUAUGAUCCAUCUUCAAACGAUAAUGAUAAUUUUUCAUCCUAUACUUCGCCGAAUUCUCACAAUUAUGAAGAAGAGAAGCAAGAAAAGACUACUGUUUGUAGUAACGAUAAUUUGCAUUCUGCAAUGUCAGGGCUCACACUAGGGAAUGCUCAGCCUGUGUAUCCACAACAAAGACAGGCAGUAAAUAUUGCAAAUUAUGGAGCGAUUUCACCGAACGUUCAUGGAGAAAAUUAUAGACAGGAAAAUACCCAGAUACAUCCCUAUUAUGAUCAAAAUGCUUGACUUAUCCCACCAAGUAUGACUUCUCAAGAGACCACAGAAUUCUCUACUCAAGGAGUGUAUCCCGGUGGUGAAUUGCAACAAUCUGCUCAAACUCAUGAUAGAAAUAAUGGAGUUACACAGGCGAACACUCAACCACAAAUCUUUUUUAAAAACUGACCGGCUCAUGAACAUCACAAUCGACCAUCACUCAAAGAAGGUAACUAAAUGCUUUAUCGAUGUAGGCGCCAUCCCUGAAGAAGGUAAACUUGGCGGACGCUCUUCUUACAAGAAUUUUAAAUAAUUUUAGUUUUCUUUAAAAUUUCAC